AAAAAAGAAUAAUAAUAAUAAUAAUACCAACAAUAAUAAACACACAUUCAUUUAUGCAGAAUGCUGUCUUCAACACAUCAACCACAGCCAGGCAUGUCUGACCAAGGGGAAAUAACCGCAACGAUGCGCAUCACUAUUUUCAAGGCGGAGAAUCUGCCUCCCAAAGACCUUAAUGGUUUAUCUGACCCAUAUGUGAAGGUUUCGAUUGGCGGACACACUUAUACAACGAAUGUCGUCAAGAAGAACUUGAAUCCAAUUUGGAAUGUAUCAUACGAUUUUGACCUUGAGUCCCAGUCCGUACCUAACCAUAUCACUCUGAUGUUCUGGGAUAAGGAUCGGAUUGGCAAGGACGACUUUAUGGGCAUUGUUAAUAUCCCUUUCGAUAAGUCGUCGAUCUGGAGUGACGGUGUCCCCAAACACUAUGAUGAUCCCGAAAAUACACCCAAAUGGUUCCCGCUCGGUUCUCUUCCAGGAAAGUCGUCCAAAGUUAGUGGAGAAGUGCAAGUUCAAUUCGGAUUCAUUGACUCAGUACUCGCUCCUUCUAAUGAAUACUCGCGCGAACGCUGCUCAGAAGUUUGGAGAAUUUUGUCAGAAAGCCGUAACAUCCUGGGUCUUGGUCAACGAACAAUUCGUAGCCCCACGGAUAACACGGUCAUAUCCAUGGCCGAUAUCCCUAUGGCUGGCCCCGAAGUAGAUCCCUCUCUUGGCCAUAGCGACUCUAAUCCAGAAUCUAGUUCAUCUCCCGCAGGGCCCCCAACCAACAGCUUGAACGGUAUUGUCUUCUUAGAAGUUGUCUCGGCAGCAAAUCUGCCGAAAUUACACAACAUGACCAGGACGGGCUUCGAUAUGGAUCCUUUUGUUGUUAUCUCAUUUGGAAAAUAUAUUUUCCGGACACGAGUUAUUCGUCACAACCUCAAUCCUGUCUGGAAGGCUAAACUCAUGUUCAGAGUCCAUCAUGGAGAGGAAAUGUUCCAGAUCAAGUGCUCCAUUCAUGACUGGGAUAAGCUCAGUGGCAACGACCACGUAGGCUCCGCGUUGCUAAAUGUUAAGGACCUUAUUCAGGCUGCGAAUACCAGCGACGACAUCCAUGGCCAUGUUAACGGUGAGUCUGCUUCGGAUGGCACAAACGAACCCACAGAUCCUGAUAUGAAGGAUUUUGUUCUCAAAAUUGAUCUCUACAGUGGUCUUAAGGUCACAUCAGAGGAUCCUCAGCUUCGAAUUCGCGCCAAGUUUGUGCCUUACAUAACGCUACGGAGAAGAUUCUGGUAUAGUCUUGUCAAGUCCUAUAAUACUAAUAAUCAGAGUGGGCUAUACAAUAAAGUCUUGAUUCAGACAAUGCUUGAGGGCCUUGGAUCAACAUUGUCAAGCAAGACUAUUGAUGGAUUCUUUGCACCGUUCAAAAAGGAUCCCGAGGGCCCUGGUCUUACUUUCGAUGAGCUCUUUGAGCGGCUGGAGGCACAAGUCCGUGUAGAUGAUGGAGUGCCGAAAGAGGUUGCCGAAACAGUUACAAAGAAGUUGUUCAAUUUCUCACGAUUCCCAAAGCCAUCGAAAGGCAGUGACAAAAAUACUCAAGAAGGAGAAAAGGAGGAAGAUGCUGAGCUUUAUGUGCACCUUACACGCAAUCAGCCACCAAGCGGAUCAAAUCCUGAGGCUCUGGACAUUGAGGAGCCCACGGAGGAGGAUUUUGAACCUCAGACGUCAGAAGAAGAAUAUUUGGUCAGGAUAUCCACUUGUCCGAUCUGUCAUGAUUCGAGCCUGUGCCACAAAACGGAGACAGAUGUUAUUACACAUAUUGCUGUCUGCUCUGGUAACGAUGGCUUCAACCUGGAUAAGCUCAUUCUUGGGAAUUUUGUUACAGAGGCGAAUGCACAACGCAAGUGGAUUACCAAGGUAGUCAAGAGUUUGGGAUAUGGCCGCUAUGGCUCUAACAAGAGCAAUGCCAAUAUUAUUGUUCAGGAUCGAGCUACGGGAAUGAUGCUCGAGGAAAAGAUGCCGACGUUUGUCCGUUUGGGUAUCCGUUUGCUAUACAAGAGUCCAGCUAAUAAAAUCCAUGUCAAUAAGAUUUUGGCCGACAUGUCAAGGAGGCAGGGCCUUAAAUUCGAUGAUCCUCGAUCCAAGCGCGAUAUUGAACCAUUCAUUCGUUUCCACAAUCUUGAAGUGCACAUGAAAGAAGUUUUAGAGCCUAUUGAGAACUUUAGGAACUUUAAUGAGUUCUUUUAUCGCAAACUUAAAUCUGAUGCUCGCGCAUUGAGCUUCCCUGGUGACGAACGAGUGGCCGUCAGCGUAGCAGACUGCCGUAUGACCUGUUUUCAGACCAUCUCAGAUGCGACUCGUUUCUGGAUCAAAGGCAGGGAGUUCACUAUCAAAAAGAUGCUCGGCGAUGAGGAGCUUGCCAAGAAGUUUGAUGGCGGCAGCCUUGCCAUUUUCCGCUUGGCGCCACAGGACUACCACAGAUACCAUAUCCCUGUUAAGGGAAUUCUCUCGGAGCCCAAGGAGAUCGCAGGCACGUAUUAUACUGUGAAUCCGAUGGCAAUCCGCAGCCAACUAGAUGUCUAUGGUGAGAACAGACGUGUGAUAUCGACAUUAGAGUCCAAAGAAUUUGGCACGGUAGCCUAUGUGGCCAUUGGUGCCAUGAUGGUUGGAUCAAUUGUAUUGACAACGCGAGGAGGACAAGCGGUUGAACGCAUGGAUGAACAUGGAUACUUUGCUUUUGGUGGGUCUACUAUUGUAGUGUUGUUUGAACCAAACAGUAUCCAAUUUGAUGAGGAUUUGCUUCAAUCAUCAAAGAACCAGAUCGAGAUGCUAGUGAGGGUGGGAAUGCGCAUUGGUAUUUCCAACAAGAACUGACAUUUAUAACACUUUGAACAAGAUAAUAAAUCAAACUACCUAACC